GACGUGUGUAGUGUUGUUUUAAGUAGGUCACCGUCUUAGUUUGGCUGUGUUAGCAGCGCAGCUGUUUUAGGAGGUGGAAAGCAACAUUCGAUUUGCUACAUUUUGCUUUGAUUUAACUAACUCAUACUAACCUAGAUCUAGAGAUACAGGAGGAUAAAUCUGAACAGAAAGAUGGCACACUCGGGCCUGUUAAAUAAUGCGUGCAUUUUAUUUCGAGGUGCUUAUUCAAAGGGAUCGAGAUUGGCCGUCUUGUCAUGUACAAAUAGUUCUACAUCUGGUUCUGGGUGGCAGAAAAAGAUCAAAGAACACAAUGCACAUUUUUCAACUUCUUCAAAGAAGCAUGUUAGGUUCUGCACUACUGUGCAAGAUGCUUUGGAAGGAGUAAGGGAUGGAGAUAAAUUGCUUCUUGGUGGUUUUGGAUUGUGUGGCAUCCCUGAUAGCUUAAUUAAUGGCUUGAUUAAGAUUGGUGCUAAAGACCUAACAAUAAUCAGCAACACAGCAGGAACUAAAGACUUUGGAAUUGGCAUUCUUUUAAGAGAACGUAGGGUGAAACGUAUGAUAUCUUCAUAUGUAGGAGAGAACUAUGAAUUUGAGCAUCAAUAUCUUUCUGGAGAACUUGAAGUGGAGCUGACACCACAGGGGACUUUGGCUGAGAAGAUAAGAGCAGGGGGUGCUGGGAUAACUGCAUUCUUCACCCCAACAGGCUAUGGGUCAUUGGUACAUCUCGGAGGGGAACCCAUCAAAUACUCACCUGAUGGGUCCAUUGUUAAAGGAAGUAAACCAAAAGAGGGCCGUGUUAUUAAUGGAAUAGAGUGUAUAUUAGAAGAAGCCAUCACUGGAGAUUUUGCUCUAGUCAAAGCUUGGAAGGCUGAUAAAGCUGGAAAUUUAAUAUUUAGACGAUCUGCUUCAAAUUUCAACCCAGCUAUGUGCAAAGCAGCAAGUAUUACUGUGGCCGAGGUGGAGGAGAUUGUGGAGGUGGGGGAGAUAGAACCAGAGCAUGUCCAUGUCCCACACAUUUAUGUCAAGAGAAUCUACAAACCACCUCGCACUGAAAAAAGAAUUGAGAAAUUGCGGUAUGCUGAGCAAAUUGAAAGUACAGACAACUCUGAUCCAGCUUACAAAGUCAGAGAAAGGAUUAUCAAAAGAGCUGCGUGUGAGUUUGAAGAUGGCAUGUACUUAAAUCUUGGCAUUGGAAUACCAGUGCUGGCCAGCAACUUUGUCCAGCCUGGCAUCAAAGUUCAUUUGCAGAGUGAAAAUGGAAUAUUAGGACUGGGCCCUUUUCCGCACAAAGGUGAGGAAGAUGCAGAUUUGAUUAAUGCAGGUAAAGAAACAGUAACUUGCUUACCCGGGGGAUCAUUCUUCUCAUCUGAUGAAUCUUUUGCCAUGAUUCGUGGAGGCCAUCUUUCAAUGACUAUUUUGGGUGCCAUGCAAGUUUCACAGUAUGGUGACUUGGCAAACUGGAUGAUUCCUGGCAAGAAGGUGAAAGGAAUGGGAGGAGCCAUGGAUUUGGUCUCAAACCCCAAAACCAAAGUUGUGGUCACAAUGGAACACACAUCAAAGAAUGGCAAGCCCAAAAUUCUAAAGGAAUGUACUUUUCCUUUGACUGGGCAGAAAUGCGUGGACAUGAUCAUCACCAACAUGGGCGUCUUUAAUGUAAGUAAUAAACGAGGACUGACGUUAAUAGAAAUAGCUGAGGAUGUAGAAAUGGAUGACCUGAAAGCUAAAACAGGAUGUGAUUUUAAGGUUUCGUCUGAUCUUAAGCCAAUGCAGAGUGUGUGAAUGUGGCAUCACUGUGACUUUGUGCUGUUUGUCUGAUUCUAUAUAAGGAAUAUAUAGAAAUAGGUCCUUGGUGUCUGUCUUGAUUUGCCAUCAGUUAGCUGUUAUGUAUGAUCUGUCAGCUAUGAACUGUUAACUUACUUGCAAAUAAGUUGAAUUUUUUUUUUUUUGGAAAACCUUACCCUUCGUAAUUUAUCAUUAUAAACAAGCAUUUACGUUUAGGUUUCCUAGUCGUAUGACAUCUAACUUAGACUUGUUAAUCAUUCAUUUGAAUCAUAAUUAUCAGUAUUGUUUUAGUAGCUUAUGAGUGCAUUAUAUCUUUAAAGACAAUAAGCUAUGAUAUAGACCAGAAUGUAGCCAAAUAUGAUUAUUUGAAAGUGAAUUGUUGGAAACUAAUAGUGGCAUCUGUGGUAAAAUUGUAUAGACUUUUAUAUCUGUAUGUGAUUCCUUUUUUACAAGCCUAUACACUUUAGUUGUUUAUUAUUUUUUACACUUAAUUUAUAGUUCUGUGUUGAGCCAUAUUGAUCACAAAUUUUCAUGCACACGGUUUUUUUUGUUUUAAUUAUUAAUCGGAUAUUAAAUGUUUGCUCUAGAAUCUCAAAACAUGCUACUCAAACUAAAACAAUUUUUUUAUUUGUUCCACAAUGAUCAAAUAUUUUUUUUAGACGAUAUUAUUGAAAACUAUAUGUAUUCGGAAGUAACAUUCCUAAUAUUUAUAAAAAUACUCAAUUACUCAAAGCACCUUUUAACCUUGUAUACAUUUCUGAACAGGUGGGUAAUUUAAUGGUCAGAAAAGUGAAAACUUGUUAAAUUGCUAUUGCUAAAAAAAAAAAAAAAAUUUUGGAAUGUCUGUUCCAUUAUUCAUUGGCUCAUGGAUCAAUUAUGAUUUAAUUUUAUUGGCUUUUGAUACUAACUCAUGGAAGAAUUAUUAAUAAUUUUUACUUGACUUUGCUACAAACUGUUAAAAUACACAUGUUGAAUCUCUGAAUUAUGGGUGAUUAUCUCAUGCAUCUAGAUGUCUACUAUUUACAAUGGUCUAAAUUAAUCUUCUAGUUUUGGUUAAUGCCUUAAUCUUACCGAAUUCUAUUAUUUAUUUAGUUGUUAGAAUAUUACUGCUUAGAAUAAAUCAUUAUAAUAAGUUUUUUUAAAUAGAAAACUAUUUGUUUACUUUGUAUUGAAUUCCUGUUAAAGUACUCAUGUUUUAUAAAUUAUGGCUCAUCCAGCCAUUUAAGCAUCAGUCCUGUAUGUAAACAUUGUAAAGCGACUGAAAGUCUACUGUAGAAUUUUUUAAAAUUUUUGCUCAAAUAUGCAAGUUUGUUUCCUGAAAACAAGUUUAUUUUUUAACUGAAAUAAAAUGUUUUGUUUUU